GACACCCAUAAUAAAAUACCAGGAAUUGGUAGAAAAAUACGGUUAUAUAGGCAGCAGGAGGCACUCAGGAAGGUAUUACACUGCGAUCACAGCGACUGGCACAAUACAAGAGGAUAAGUGGCUGAAAGGGGAAUUACCACAGAUCUGUACACAGUGUCUGGCUAUUCCCAUUAAGAUGUUUCCUCUGGACUCUUCCUGGAAUAUUUCCUUUGCUGGCUGUGGGUUCCUGGGUAUUUAUCAUAUUGGAGUUGCUAGUUGUCUGAAAGAACAUGCACCUUUCCUGGUAGAAAAUGCCAAAAACAUCUAUGGAGCCUCAGCUGGAGCCCUCACUGCGACUGCACUUGUCAGUGGUGCCUGCCUGGGAGAAGCUGGGGCGAACAUUAUUGACGUGUCCAAGGAGGCAAGGAAACGAUUCUUGGGUCCUCUACACCCGUCCUUCAACCUAGUAAAGAUAAUACGAGCCUGCCUAUACAAGACUUUGCCUGAUGAUGCUCACGAGCAUGCUACUGGGAGGCUAGGGAUAUCCCUGACCCGCGUAUCGGAUGGAGAGAACGUACUGCUGUCCGAGUUUAACACCAAGGAAGAGCUUAUACAGGCCUGUGUGUGCAGCACGUUCAUUCCUGUGUACUGUGGGCUGAUACCUCCAUGUUUACAAGGCGUGAGGUAUGUGGACGGGGGUAUUUCUGAUAAUCUGCCCCAGUAUGAGUUGAAAAACACCAUCACAGUGUCCCCCUUUUCAGGGGAGAGUGACAUUUGUCCAAGAGAUGGCUGCACCAACAUCCACGAGCUCAGAGUAACCAACACCAGCAUCCAGUUCAACCUCAGUAACCUGUACCGACUGUCAAAAGCCCUAUUUCCCCCAGAGCCUCAGGUGCUGAAGGACAUGUGUAAGCAGGGAUACAAGGAUGCUUUACACUUCUUAAAACGGAAUGGACUCCUAAACAGACCACAACCUAUGAAGCCUUUGGCUCUACCUGCGCCUGAAAAUCCAGCCAAUCAGGAUGAAGAGAACAUUGAACGCGAGGGUCCAUCUGCACAGAGCGCUGCGUUAGAAACAGCUGAGGAACAUAUAUUUGAACAUCUGCCGCAAAGACUAAACCAAGCUCUCCUAGAGGCCUGUAUUGAAAAGCGUAGUAUGUACAUGUCAAUAUCUAACAUGCUGCCUGUGCGCCUAGCGUCUGUGAUGAUGCUCCCAUACACUCUGCCCGUAGAGUCUGCGGUGUCCUUUACUGUCAGACUUCUUGAGUGGCUUCCGGAUGUUCCUGAAGAUAUCCGAUGGAUAAAGGAACAGACAAGGAAAGUGUGUCAUUAUGUCCUUAGGAAGGCCAAAAAGAAGCUGGGAAGUCACAUAUCUGCUAGGCUACAUUACCACCUGGAAUUGAGGAGGGCCCAGAGUUUGCCAGCAGCUUUGGUUUUUGGUUCCAGAGAGUCUCUGCCAAGAUGGGUGAGGAGCAAUCCCUCCUUCAUAGACAUGAUGCUGAAAUGGGAGGACUAUCAAAAACAGCUGAUGCCAGGACUCUUCUGUAUUAAUGUGGACAUGCAAGCCACGCUGUACCACCACCAGCAACCUCAGGUCUCAUUAGAUCCAGAAGGCCUUCUCAUGGUGGAAGUGGGCAAAGAUAAUGUCACAGAGACAAGCUGAAGGCCUCAUUAUCAAACUUUGUAGUAGUUAUGGAGGCAUGCUAGUUCUGAGGAGCCAUUUCAUUGAUUAACAAGCUCAUGAGAUGUGAAUGAACAAAGAUUCGAUGGUUUGGCAUUAUUGUAAAGCCACAUCAUUUCUAUGGUCUUCGAUCUACACAUCCUAAUUGUGUUUGAAGAAAAUAUCUAAAAACAUUAUCAGCACCUAAGUUCUACGCAAUUUCUCUGUAAGGCCUGAAAGGAACAAUGAAACUGAAUAUCCAAGCCUUAUGGGACCAGAAUGAUAUUGCCAUGGUUAUACCAAGAAAAAAUAUCUGAUUUUUGAUAAAAAUGGGCCAUCUGCAAACAUAAAGAAAUAGAAAAGAUUUCAUAAUAAUUUUAAAGCUUGUUCCCAUAAAACUAGGAAGGAUAACCAUUUUUAGAACUGCCAACCUCAAUUUUGUGCAAUAAUCAAAACAUAUUUUCAGCACCUCUAAAUCUCGUUAUUGCCAAAACGAUAGGACAGUGUGUUUGUCAUAUAUAUAUAUAUAUAUAUAUAUAUAUAUAUAUAUAUAUAUAUAGACACAUACAUAUAGAUAUUAUAAAUGUUUUGGUCAUCAUUGAAGUGUACAUACACAUUUAAUGACGUGAGCUUUUUCAAUUGUAUAAUAACAUAAUAUUUAAUAUAUUUUUUUAAUGUUAAAUGUGAUAUCUUUCAUACUUGUAAAUACUCUUAGCAUGUUGCGUCCUCCUUGUUUUCAUCUUUGUCAUUAUUCUAAUAUAAUUAGAAUGAGAAAUGUUAUUUGUGCUGUGUCAUCUGACCUCGUAAUGGAACACAGAAUAUUACAAAGUGUAAUUAAUAAGUCAUUCUUAUUAACUAAUAUCCCUAAACCAUUCAUAUAUCUACAUUAUUGUCCCACCCUGCAUUUUGUAAGAUAAAGCUACCGGAAUUAAAACAUGUAACACAAUUAGCCUUCACCCUGUUAUAUACACAGAUACACUUAUUAAUAGUGUCCCCUUUAACGGGACAUAUAUGUCAACAUUUCAUUUUCAUUAAUUAUGCUUUGUAAAAAAAAAAAGCAAUGUAAUUUAUUUAUUUUGUUAAUUUUUUUACUACCCCAAAAAUAUUCCCUUAUAAGGUUUGAUGUGAUCGGUGGUCACUCACUUAAAAAAGGCAGUUAAAUAAACAGUCAAUUAGAACAUUUCGUAGGUAUAUAUAAAUAUAAUAAUAUAUUAGUAAUAAUCCUUUCAUGUAUUUUCACUAGCUACUUUUGUUCCUGAACUGUAUACUCGCUUAUAUAACGAUGUCAUUACAAGACAGAAAGCCAAAUGAUCUCACCAUUAUCCAUAAGUAAAAUUACUUGUUUUUACCCCUUUCUAUGCUUUUUAUACCCGUCUCUUCUUUCGUAUUUGUUAAUUUCACCUUCAUCCCUCUAUCUUAGUUAUUACUUUUUUCUCACUCUUUUUUUCUCCUUUAUAGACUGACCAGAUUAAUAUUCCUUUGUUUUUACAUUAGAAAGAGUACAUAACAGGUAUUAUUCAAUUAUUGUGUUUAUCAGUCCACAUAUAUUUUAAUUGUAAAAAGGUCAUAUUCAUUUACCUUUCUAGAUAUUUUUUUUAAUGUAAAAAGAACAUAUUCAUUUACAUUUGAGUCUUCUUGAUCAAGAACAUAACUAAAAUCUGCCAAGCUACAGAGUAAAAUUUAACUCUUUUCAUUAUAAUAUUGCACUUCAAAAAACCUUUUAAAGUAUUAAUUAAAAGGACAUCUGGCUUAAAAUAUUUUUAUCAUCUAUAAGAAAGAGAAGCAUUUAAACAUGUUUUUUGCCUCAAAAUGAUAAAGUAAAAGCUUUUUUAAAUUGAAAUGCAAACUAACAAAGCAGAAUUAGUUUUUCACUUCCUGAUCAUUUUCAUUGGCUGAUAGGUACUACCAAUGAAUGCUCAGUGGCUGAUAUUCACAAAUGUUUAUCCAGUGAGGAAUAGUAGGAAGUAAAUACCAACCAAUCAACAUUAUUAGGAAAUAUACAACUUAUACUGCUUUAUUCAUUUCAAUUUUACGUCAUAAAUUGAUGCACAAAUUAGUGUUUCAAUGUUUCUAUUUCAUAUGGAUAAUAGAAAAUAAUUGAGUACAUUGUAACUUUAACAUUUCUAUUUCAGUUUUUAAUAUCCAAAGGCAAUUCAAUUUUUUUUUACCUUUUAUAAACAGUUUUCUACGUCUUUCCUGAGUUUGUCUAGUAUAGAUAGCACUAUGACUUUGUCUUAUUGCACUUUAUAUUUACAUUUCCCCCAUCACGGAAUGGGAUAUCUUAACACAUUUAAGAUAUUUUUUCCAACUAACUAUACACUUUUUAUUCUGAUUUUUUAUGCCCAUUUAUUAACAGUUUGUCUGCUAACACUUUAGGAUAAACACAUUUACCAGUUUGUUAAUAGAACGUUAGUAUUGAAGAGGGCUGAGUUACUGGGAUACAAUAAGUGUAUAUAUCGGACUAAAUAAUUCCUGCAAGUGAUAUCUUUUAAAGGGACAGGAAACCCAAAAAUUUUCUUUUUUUUAUUCAGGUAGAUAAUACAAUUUUAAACAACAUUCUAAUUUGCUUCUACUAUAUAAUUGGCUUCAUUCUUUUGGUGUUCUUUGUUGAAGAAAUAGCAAUGCACAUGGGUGAGCCAAUACCACAAGGUAUCUAUGUGCAAUUACCAAUCAGCAGCUCAUGAGCCUAUGUAGAUAUGCUUUUCAACAAAAUAUAUCAAGAGAAUUAAGCUAUUUUGAUAAUAGGAGUAAAUUGGAAAGUUGUUUAAAAUUGCAUGUUCUUUCUGAAUCACAAAAGAAAAAUGUGGGUUUCAUGUGCCUUUAAGAAAAGAACAGGCUGAGUCGUGAUUGGAAUGAAUGAGUGUUAAGGGUUAAAAAAAAGAACAGAAAUGAUGUCAUGAGUAAAGUGAUUUAAGGUUAGUGUAAGUUGGAGUUUCAUGAUAGCUGUGGCCAUGUGUAAAUCCCAAAUUAAUUUUAUGGGAAAUACAAUUUAAAUAUUUUGGAGUUUUAGACUGUUGAGUUGAUGUAAUCCAGUAUUCACUAAAGCCCGGGCGGCCCCUCCAGCCUCUUUGGUCUCACCAGUUUAUAUUGUAUUUUCUGGAGCGUAUUUACUAAAGAAUAGAGGGAUGGGGGAGCUUUAGUGAAAGGUUGUGUAAGAGUGGAGUAACCACUUAAGUGAAUCUAAGGGACUUGUAUAGGACUAAGUCAGAAAAUGUGUAACAGAACUCGAGAGAUUGUAAUUUGAUUCAAGAUAUUUAUUUGAUUGCAAAAAAAUUUAAUUAAUAGUUUUAACUUUUUAUGUUUGGAGAUCAAAAUAAGAGUGUUUUCUGGUAAUUUAAAAGUAUUUUUGACAACUUAUGAGUUAACUAUUUUGAGCUAUAGCUGUCCAACCAAUUCAAUAUUAGUCAGUAAAUCUGUGGUAUGGCAGACUUUUAGGGCACUGAAAAGAUAUCUAUUUCUUCAAAAAAAUUAUCUGACUCAAAGUACACUCAAAUUACCCUAGAAAUCACAAUGUUUGUUUCCUUAUUCCACUACUGCAACUUUAAAUACAAAUGGUAUUUCUUUUACUGCUUAUUUAUUUUAUUUGUUAUGUAUAGCUUGUUUUAUUUUGUGUAAAGUAGAUGUUAUUUUAAUGUUAACUUUCUUAUGCCCUCAAGUUGCGUAUUGUUAUAUUUUACCUCAGCUAGCUACAGACACUGUAUAUUUGUAUUGCUGUUACCAAAUUAUAAACAAUUUUCUACCUCAGAUAAUAUUAAAUAUAGUUGACUGGGUUAAUUAAAAAAAAAAUAGAAUACUGUGCCAUGAUUAUGUUUUACAUUAUUUACAAUAUUAGCAUUGAUUUGACUUUAAAGGAACAUAAUACAUUUAGAGAACUUAUUACACAAAUUAAUGUAUGAAACUAUGGGUUUAACCCCACAAAGGGGUUAAACACAGUUAAUGUGGCAUACUAUGACAUGAUACAGCUAGUCAUUUGAUUGGAUCACUGGCUGUGUCAUGUUUAGGUAUGGCAAUGCAUUGUGGAUCCAGAACAGAAUUUAACUUUUUUAAUUCCUUGGAAUGGAUUAAACACACAGUUACCAAUGUAAAAAAGAUGCUAAAUGCCUUUUGCUCAUUUUGUUUGUCCCAUUCUCCAUAGAAAGGCCAAAAAAUGCAAAUUCUCUAACCUUUUAUAUGCUGCAAAUCAAAUAUCUGGAUUAGGCAAAUUGCAGCACUUUAAAAACCUAGGUUACAGAUGUUGCUUUUUUGCCUCUCUAGGGAAUUGUCAAACAAAGUACAGUUUUAAACAAAAGCAAAAAGUGAAAAAUAUCUCUUCAGUUCAAUAAUAAAAUGUUCAAAUAAUUAUGAACAUUUUAUUAUUGCAAUGUAUGUCCAUUUAAAGUCACGUGAAAAAAAACAUAUAAUUGAGGUGUAAAAUUCCCAGAGCAAAUAUAUAUUUUAAUGCAAAUGUAGUCACUUUUCACAUUAUGCAAUGCUGCUUUAAAUAUGAGGUAUAUAUCUUUUAUUUCUGUGUGAAAAAUGUUUUUUUCCUGCUGCAUAUAAAAUUAUUUUGAGCAUAACUGUACAUGUUCUUCAUGAUAUGUAAGACUAUUGUCUCAAAACAUUACUGCUGCUGUUUAAUCGAUAGUGACUUACAAUACCAUAUGCUUUUCAAGACCUUGUGUAUAAACGAGUAAACUUCCAGCAGUCAAUGGGUUAAAAGUUAGUAAAAUUGUAUAAAAAUUCAAAAUACCAGUGUGUUAUGUGCCACAUUUACGAGUCACUUGGUUCUUGGCUCCCAUACUGACUUGCAAAAGUUGUUUUGUUUGUUCACUGUAUUUAUAUUUGUUUUUAUAUAUAUAUAUAUAUAUAUAUAUAUAUAUAUAUAUAUAUACACACACACACAAGUCUGUACAUAUAAAUAUAUUCUGAUAACUGCACUUUCUCUUUCUUGUCUGAUAUUACCAGCUGUAACUGUAGAUUGUAUGUAAAUAAUAUAGAAUUAUAAAAGGUUUAUGUUA